CACAGAUAAAACAGAAACUGAAAGUCACAGUCAAAGUCAUGGACAAUUAUUGCAAAAUAGGAAGCCGCCGGAGCCCAAAAAAAAAAGCCUAACCACAACACCGACCCAUUAUAAAAAUAUCUCGCCACAACAAAACUCAAUCUCUCUCUCUCUCUGAAAAUCCCUAUACAAUUUACUCAAAACCAUGGACGACUCCACCGCCACAAACUCAGACCCACCACAGCCCUCGCCGCCGCAACAAACUCAAUCAAAACUAUCAUCAACUCGCCGCCGCAGGCACUCGAUCGCCACCUCCGUAGUCGUCCCCACAAGACUCUCCUUCUCCGCCGCCGCCGCCGCCGCAACAACGACGAAACCGCUCCAAAGCUUCAACACCUUCCCCCACCACCAAAACGGCACCGUAUCGCGUCCGCCGCCGUUGGAUUACGACGAGAUACUCUCGCUCAAGUGCUCUCCUCCUGAAACCUACACUUCCUUAAAAGACAUCCUCCCCGUCUCGGCCGCCGUGAGCUCCCCCACCACCGCCUCCGCCGCCGCCGUGUCGUCCGGGUACCAGAUCUCAAUCCGCAACCGCCUCGUCAAGCAGGCCGCUUGGGCCUACCUCCAGCCCAUGUCGUCCUCGCCGGGCUCCUCCGGCCCACACUUCCUCCACCGCCUCUGGCUCUCGUUCCUCUCUUUCUUCAAACGACACGUCGUUCCCGGCUUCACCUAUCUCCUCCACCAGACUUUAGGCCAGCUUGGUGUUGCCUUGGGCUAGUAGGGGAGGUGGCGCGGCUGGGCUCCAAUUGUUGGUCUCUUUGCUUUUGUUGGUGGAGGAGGACUUGUAUCAGGUUGGAUUUCGGUGGCUCGGCCACGUUGCGGUCGAUUGUUGUGCCGGGCAAUGGUGGGGCAGUUGGGAUCGGAGGCCACUUCAUGCCAUUGCCGUUGGCUGUGCCAUCGAAUGUUGGCACAUUUGGAGGUGGAUGUUGUGUGCUUGAAUUAUUGUUAUCGCCCUUUUUCUGCAAAAAGGUUUUUGGUUAUGAGUUUUGAGUACUAACACUUGUUGUGAGUGGUGUAAUUAAAAUGUGUAAUGCAAAUGGGAAUUAUGGUAGUUCUUAUCUAUCAGAGGAAUACAUUGUUGUUGUGUUAAAUUUA